AUGGAUUUCCUUCAUGCCAAUACCAACGCUAAACUGAUUAACCUUGCGACCAAUGCAGGUUCUAUUUCGCUGUUCUUACUGAAAGGAAAAAUCAUCUGGGCCAUUGCACUUCCCAUGGCGCAUCAUCGUACCCCGCUCAUGGUUUUCCGGAAACGGAUGCACAUGACGCCGGAAUUUUCCUGUAUCAAAAUUAAGCUGCAGCUCAAUAAUGGUUUCCGGAAGCUGAAAGUUAAUAAUAACCCAUAA